AUGCCAAUAAAGGCUCUAAUAUUUAGAAUUAUUCUAAUUCCAGCCAUAGUGCUAGCCUAAUCCAAUAUGGAAUUGAGUGAGAUUGAAACCAAUCCCAUACCUACCAUGGUUAAUUUUGAUAGCAAUCAAAGAAAUACUGAUUAAGUAUUAUCACAGUAAGGAUAUUUUGAUUUUGAUGGCCAUUUCAUUUCUUCCAACACAGACAUAACCUAAAACAAUGAAAUAAAUAACUCUAAUGAAGAUCCAAAUAAUUUUAUUUUAGACCAUUUGAGUAAUAACACUCCAAAUUCAGAAUUAGGUUAAUUCUCAAAUGAUGAAAAUUCACUACAAGGUGCGAAUGAUAUACCUUCACUAGACAUGAUAGAUACUUAGAGUACUUAAUCUAUUACUUAAUAAGAUAUUAACUAAAACUCAGAAACCGAAAAUACUGUUUAAAAUUCUGACUGCAUAGUAAUCUACUCAUAAUGUCAUUUCAAAGGAGAAUCACUACACCUUUGUGAAUCUCAAAGAAACAUUGAUAAUUUUGACCAUGACAUCAAAUCCAUUCAAAUUCCCAAAGGAUAUUCAGUCAGACUUUAUAAUUAAGAAGAUUUUUCUGGUGAAAAGAUCAUUUUGAAGGAAAGCCAAGAAUGUAUAAAUUAACCGUUAGCACUUACAUAGUUGUAUGAGAAAAAAUCUCACAAAUUUUUGGUGUUGGCUUAGAACUUUAAUUUAAGAGCAAGCUGA